AGAGAACGCGUUUUUUUCCUUCGGGGACAGUCCGUGUAGUCUCCUGUCCUUGCAGUCCGAGGGCAUUUUGUGCCGAACGUUGGUUGCAGGAAUGCUCGCGGCUUUGUUCCUCAAGUGUACCUGCCGGCUUCCAGUGCUUGGGACCCAGGAGAUGCUCUCGCCAGCAUUUCGGUGCAGCCCUGUAACGGCCUGGGGGCGCAACUUAAAACAAAGCGUGCACUGAGAAGUCUCAGGGUAAUUCUUCACAGGGAGGUAGUACGAUGAAUGGAGCAGAGGGUUAAGAGGCGUUUCAUUUAGUCAUUCGGAUGCAUCCCACGUGCAAAAUUUUAUACCAGAAUUCAGUAUUGGAAUAAUUAUGUAUGGCCUGCUUCCAAGAGUGAAUCUGAAGCCCCUCGAAGUCGAGCAUCUGAAGUAGAAUCUUGGGCGUGUGAUUUAGGAAGGGUUUGGAGUCUGGUAAGCUCUGGUGACCUGUGCAUCCUUCUGAAGAGGCCCAAGAGGCCCGCUAUCGCUGAAUUCUAGGGGUCACAACCCCAUCAGAGCCCUGCAGGCCCCGCUCAGACAUCAUAAACAUGGAGUUCUGAAGUCCAUGUGGCUCCUAACAGUGAACCAGGUCUUAAGGAAAAUGCAGAGACGCCACAGUAGUAACACGGAUAACGGUCCACCUGAAAGAAAUCGCAGCCAAGCGCUCAGCUCUGAGGCAAGCGUGGAUGAAGGCGGUGUCUUUGAAAGCCUGAAGGCAGAGUCGGCCUCCCCACCCGCGCUCUUCUCUGGUCUCCCUGGCCUACCAGCAGGCAGCCUGCCCACCACCCAAUUCCCAUCCAGCCUGGUGCUGGGGGCGUCGGCCGGAGGCGGAGACGUGUUCAUCCAGAUGCCUGCGUCCAGGGAGGAGGCCGGGGGCCGGGGUGAGGGGGGCGCCUACCACCACCGCCAGCCCCACCACCACUUCCACCACAGUGGCCACCGUGGGAGCUCGCUGCUGCAGCAUGUGGGCGGAGACCACCGUGCCCACUCAGAUGAGGGGAGCGACGAGCAGCCAGGGACACCUGCCCCUGCCCUGUCCGAGCUGAAGGCCGUGGUCUGCUGGCUCCAGAAGGGGCUGCCCUUCAUCCUGAUCCUCCUGGCCAAAGUGUGCUUCCAACACAAGCUCGGCAUUGCUGUGUGCAUCGGGAUGGCCAGCACCUUCGCCUACGCCAACUCCACGCUUCGAGAACAGGUCUCUCUGAAGGAAAAGAGGUCGGUGCUGGUCAUCUUGUGGAUCUUGGCCUUUCUGGCGGGGAACACCCUGUAUGUUCUCUAUACAUUCAGUUCCCAACAGCUGUACAACAGCCUCAUAUUCCUGAAGCCCAACCUGGAGACGCUGGACUUCUUCGACCUGCUGUGGAUCGUGGGCAUUGCUGAUUUUGUGCUGAAGUAUGUCACCAUCGCCCUCAAGUGCCUCGUCGUGGCCCUGCCCAAGAUCAUCCUGGCCGUCAAGUCCAAGGGCAAGUUCUAUCUGGUCAUCGAGGAGUUGAGCCAGCUGUUCCGAUCACUUGUCCCCAUCCAGCUGUGGUAUAAAUACAUCAUGGGGGACGACUCCUCCAACAGCUACUUCUUAGGAGGGGUCCUGAUUGUUCUCUACAGCCUCUGCAAGUCAUUCGACAUCUGUGGUCGUGUGGGCGGAGUUAGGAAAGCCCUGAAGCUUCUCUGCACCUCUCAGAAUUACGGCGUCCGGGCCACUGGGCAGCAGUGCACAGAAGCCGGUGAUAUCUGUGCCAUCUGCCAGGCCGAGUUCCGGGACCCUCUGAUCCUCAUGUGCCAGCACGUGUUCUGUGAGGAGUGCCUCUGCCUCUGGCUGGACCGGGAGCGCACCUGCCCGCUCUGCCGCUCGGUUGCCGUGGAUACUCUGCGCUGCUGGAAGGACGGGGCCACUUCGGCACACUUCCAGGUGUAUUAGGGCUAAAGGACAAGGAACUCAAGCUCCAAGCCACGCUCUGGAAGCCGAGGGAUGGCCUGGGUGAUUGGGUUCAGCUCCAGAGACUUCCUGGAACACAGGCCUCAAGCGUGUACUAUCCUGCCUCCUGCCUUUCUCCACCUCCUUCCCUAAAGCCAGGCCCCUGUGCUCCUGUCCUUCACCUUUCUCCCCUGUCCUGUG